AUGUGGUGAAAACAUAUUGAUGCUUUGCCGCUCUAUGCCUAUUUCUCGUAUAGACGAAAAAGAAGAAAGAGACAAAUCACAAACCCUAAUCUCCCAGAAACCAGCAACGGCUCUGAAACACACCAAUUUCAUCAUCUUCCCCAACUCCUCUCCAUGGCCACUGAAUCCGGAGAUCCUUACAUCGGCAGCACCAUAAGCCUAAUCUCCAAGUACGAAAUCCGUUACGAAGGGGUUCUCUACUUCCUCAGCGUCCAAGACUCCACCAUUGGCCUCAGAAAUGUUAAGUCAUAUGGAACAGAGGGGCGUAAAAAGGAUGGGCCACAAGUUCCUCCAAUUGAUAAGGUGUUUGAGUACAUUCUAUUUAGAGGAAGCGACAUUAAGGAUUUGCAAGUUAAGUCUCCUGCACCUGCACAAAGAGAAGAACAGAUUCACAAUGAUGAUCCUGCCAUUAUACAGUCACACUAUAGUGGGGUACCUGCAAGUUCUCCACCAUCAGCACUGGUUGGUGGUAAAAGUUUGUCUGGAAUAACUCAGUGGCAGGAUACCCCUGCUUUGAGUACUAAAAGCAAUACUGGUGUGUUGCCUUUAUAUCAUUCUACAACUGAAGUUGGUCCAUCAGGGCAUGCUUUUUCUAGUCAAAUCGCUACUCCUCCAGCACUUUCUUUGCCGAUGUAUUGGCAAGGAUACAAUGGGGCUUCACUGAAUAUGUCUCAACAGCCACAUCACCAUAUGCAAUCCCAGUCUGCAAUCUCACACCAGAAUAAGGCUCCUGACCAUCAGGCAUCUAUAACUAUUGGCUUGGCAGAUACAUCAGCUCAUGUUAGCCCUGCAAUCUCCUCUUCUACAUCAACUUCUGUAAAUCUAAAGUUUUCUCCCCCUCUAACCUCUGUAAAGUACUCUUCUGCUCUUGAUAUGCCUUCAUCCUUGGCCACACAGGUAUCUUUACCAUCUCAUUCCGCACCUGUGAAUGCCAGUCAACUAAAUAUGCCUUCUUUACCUUCGCCUGGCCAAGACUGGAAUAUGAGGGAAACACAACAUUUUAGUAAAGCCAUUUCUGAUCCAGUACCAGUUCUUCCUGUGCAGUCCAUGCCAUACCCUGCAUCAUCGUCUGUGGUUUCUGAUGCAGGUCCGUUGCUAACCCCACCCCCAUCUUUGUUAACUCCUGACCAAUUGAUACCAUCUAGAUCACACAUACUAUCUCCCUUGCAAAAACUCUACCUUGAUCAGAAGAAUAUGGGUGCUAUACCGACGCCAACUAGUUCUUCUUCCUUGAUUCCUCCUCCUAUAACUCAAGCACCAUUGUUACCGUUGCCUACACCACAGUCUCAGUACUCGACUACUAAGUUCAAUGAGGAGUUUGAUUUUCUAGCCAUGAAUGAGAAGUUUAAGAAGGAUGAAGUAUGGGGCUACCUUGGAAAGGAAAAACAAAGGGAUGAAACAGAGAGGGUGGAUGACAGUGGAUCUGGUCAAAGCUUGGAUGACAAAGAAGGCACAAAGCCUGCAUAUAACAAGGAUGAGUUCUUUGACACAAUUUCAUGUAAUUCUCUUAACCGUGGAGCAAGAAAUGGACAUAGGUUUUCCGAGAGAAUGAGGACCGAUAGUGAGACAUUUGGCAAUUUCCAGCAGAGAUCUAAUCUUGGUUAUGGUGGUGACGGUCCUGCCCGUGGUGGUAAUUACCCGGGCCCAUAUCAGUCGGGAAGGGGUUAUGGUUAUGGUGGUAGGGGCCGUGGUGGUAACAUGCCCACGUGGUGGUAACACGCCCUUCUGAUGGCAAUUGUGUUUCAUUGUUCACUCAAGGUCUAUGGUAGCUUCUCAGAGCGCUCUCUGGUUUCCUUUUAUUUCCUCAAUCUUGACUUUGUGAUGACUGUUCUCAAAGGCAAUGUUGUGGACCUCUUGGUUGGUUCAUGCUUUUUUUUUUUGUGCCCAUGAGCUGGCUUUGGCCAUUUGCAUCUUUGUUUCAUGCAAUUAUUGUCCAUGAUACAAUUGGUAAAAAAAAGAAUCAAAUCAUGGUGUCGUUUAACUUUGUUUGGUUAAGGUGCUUGGAUCUAUCUCUAUCUGUGUGUGUGUGGGUGUGGUUGCUGUGUGUCUCUGUAUGGAGUGAUAUUAACAUAUAAAGUCUGUUGAUUCAGAUUGUAAAUGGUGACUUGAUUUUACUUGAUCAUUGAUUAUGAUAACAUAUAAAGUCUGUUGAUUCA